AACUUUCACUGUUAGCACGUGGCUCUUGUCGUUAUUUUUAUCACAGUAUACAUAAAUUAAUUUAGUAGAACCGCUGAUGGGGAUUAUUUUAUAGAUUCUUGUCAACGUUUGCAGAGAUUAAUUAUUUUUUUACAUUAGAAUUAAUAACAUCUCCUGUCUUAUCUUUAGACUGACAAUAAUCUACGAUGUGAAAGAAAACAACAUAUAACAUUUAACAACGGUUUAAAUCGGAGGAAAAUGCAACGUUACUAAAAGAGUACGUGUAUGAAGCACAUAAUGGAUUUAAACAAAAUGGAUAAGAAGUCGACGGGCAAUGAAUUAAGAAAUACAUUUGUGUUAUCGGGCGCCUUUACAGCAAUUUUUACUGCUUACUUGGCAAUACAAAAUCUUCAAAGUAGUUUGAACCAAGAGCAAGGCCUUGGAAUCAUCUCCUUGUCAUGUAUGUACGCUUGUAUAAUAAUCUCAGGCAUUCUCGCACCUGUUAUUAUUCAUGUUUUUGGGGAGAAAAACAUCUUGGUAUUUUCUUUCAUGUGUCAUGUGAUUUAUAUGGGAAGUAAUUUUUAUCCAAGUUUUUCGACAUUAGUGCCAUCAUCAGUGUUGUUAGGUCUUACUGCUGGACCAAUGUGGACUUCUCAAAGUGUGUACCUGGCUAAUAUGGCAUAUUCCUACGCAGAAAGAACUUCGAAAAGUUGUCAUCCUGUUCUUAGUAAAUUUAAUGGAAUUUUCUACCCAAUGUAUGAAACCACGCAAAUAACGGGAAACCUCAUUUCAUCUCUAAUUCUUCAACAGGGCGGCUACAGAAUUAGCUCCUCAGUUAAUGCAACGAAAGUAAAGUUUUGUGGCAGUGAAGAUUGUCCUACGGCAGUUCAUGUAUCUAAUAUUAACGAACCCGACCGUGAUCUUGUGUACAUACUACUGGGAAUAUUUUUAGCAUGUGAUGUGUUUGGUGUCUUCCUAACUUCAAUAUUCUUGCCGCCAUUAAAGAAAAUGGCAUCAAAAGAAAAAGCAAAUAUUUUGAAAUCUUUAGCUUCAUGUGGAAAGGGUCUCACAGAAAUAAACCUAGUUUUUCUGAUACCCUUGAUAAUGUUUAUGGCGAUGGAACAAGCGAUUUUAUGGACUGACUAUACUAAGGCAUUCAUCAGCUGCCCAUUAGGAAUUCAGAAGCUUGGAUUCGUCAUGGCAACAUAUGGUGGCUCCACGACGGUAUUCGCACUCAUAUUUGCUCGAGUCUCGAAGUAUACGGGACGAUACGUUUUAUUUGCUCUCGCUGGUCUGGUAAAUCUUGGUAUUUUGAUAACGUUAUAUAUAUGGAUACCAAGUUCUUAGGACGUUUUGCUCAUAUUUUUUAUUCCAGUUAUAUGGGGUGUUUCUGAAGGUAUAUGGCAAACACAGUCUAAUGCCUUGGUUGCACUGUUAUUCCCGGAGAAGAAAAACUCCGCAUUCGCCAACUAUCAUACCUGGAAAGCGAUUGGUUUUACAUUGACAUUUGUUUAUAGUAACUUCCUCUGCGUGUCAACAAAAUUGAUAAUCGCC